UUUUCAGCUUAUUCCUAUAAAUUCAUCAAUACAUAUUUUGUUUAUUUUUAAGAUAUAUCUUCGUGGACGACUACUGGAGACAGAGUUUUUGGUGUAACCUUGCUGGGAUACUGUCUACUAUUUCUUCAGAAGCCAGCAUUCUUUUUCUGUGUCUUAUAACCUUAGACAGGCUACUAGUCAUCAAGUUUCCCUUUGGUGGUGCUAAAAUGUCCCCAGACAAGGCCGUCACUUGUGUUAUUUCCACGUGGUUGUUUUCUACUAGUGUCGCCAUAUUUCCUGUUGCAUACGAAGGGUAUUUCAAAAACGAAUUCUACUCAAAAUCAGGAGUUUGUAUCGCUCUGCCGUUAACAAGAGAUCGCCCGUCUGGGUGGGCUUAUUCUCUCACAAUCUUUGUUUGCCUGAAUUUCGUCACAUUUCUAUUGGUUGCAGUUGGGCAAUUGUCUAUUUUUAUUGAGAUACGCAAAUCUGCCGGAAUUGCCACUUCUGUAGAAUCUGCAAGAAAGAGGGAUUUGAAAGUUGCAAGAAACCUAUUGCUAGUGGUAGCAACCGACUUUUUGUGCUGGUUCCCAAUUGGAGUUCUUGGAAUGCUUGCACUGACCGGUUACGUGAUUUCCGGCGAGGUUUACGCAUGGGCAGCGGUCUUUAUACUACCUGUCAACUCGGCCCUUAAUCCAAUUCUGUACACUUUGAGUGCAAUUAUAGGAAAGAAAAGUUUCAAUCCUAGUACAGACGAGCAGUCACUUACGAAGAUAAGUAAAGAAACUGGCGAAAAUGCGAUUAGAUGUUUCACCGCAAGCCGCCGACUAACGGCAAAGAAAACGCUCCCGAAGUUUCAAGGUAUAAAUGAACUUGAAGAAGAAGAUAUGCAUAUGACUGUAGAUGCUAUUCUAGCAGUUGCUGCAAAACUUGCCCAAACUCUGGACGCGACUCAUUCUAAUUCUUUGGGAAUUAAGUGUCUAGACGUGACAACAGUCAUCGUUGGCAUUGCCAAAAAGAAGCUUACAGGAGCGGUGAAAAUUAAAGGUGAGCCGUUUAUUUCUUACAAACCGGAAGAUAAAACAAAUAAUAUCAACCAGCUAGGAGUACUGUUGAGGAGCCUUCUUGCUAUGAGAGAAAGAAAACUUUUAUUAAAAUAG